AUGGGUACUUCUGAGUACUUCAACCAGUAUCCCGAGUUUCCAGCCGAUCUCAACGUUGCCAGCAUUCCAAGUAUUUCAUUCAGCCAACUCAAAAAAAUGGUCCGAAAAGGUCUUCAGGUAUGCAAAGAAUUUGGUUUCUUCCUCUUGGAACUGAGAAAUGGCGAUCAAGGUGAAAGUUUGCUAUUCGAUGCAGAGAAGGUGUUUGUCAUUACUAAAUCAACACUUACUCUUGAUCAUGAAGUAUUGAAGAAAUGCGCAUAUCAACCCGCAAAAAGUAUCUUGGGAUAUGAACCUCCUGGUAUAUUAAAGACCGACGACGGAAAACCCGAUAACAUAGCAAUGCAUCCCCUCGGGCAAGACAACAUACUGGAACAAGUUCACCAUGUGCAAACCCCUUGCCAUUCAAAACUCACCGUGAACAAUAUCACAUUGGGUGGCCAUACAGAUAUUGGAACCAUAAUGAUGCUCUUCAACAUCGCAGGGGGUCUACAAAUUCUUCCCUCCUCAGCAGAAAACUGUAACGAGAAUUGGCAAUACAUCCGUCCGGUCCCAGGCUGCGCACUGAUAAAUACCGGAAAUAUGAUGGUCGAAUGGACAGGUGGAAUGUUACGGAGCUCACUCCAUCGUGUUGUUACUGCGCCGGGAAAAGGGGCGGGCGUUACGAGGCUGAGUUUAGCAUAUCUGUUGAGAUCGGGAAAAUGCUUCAAUGGACAGGUUGGAAGAAGGAGAAUAGGAGGAGAGAAUUCUGAGUGA